UGCCAGGCAUGCAUCUAAUGAGCAUGUGAAUCACUAAAUGCAAUGGGUUAAUUACCUCCACACAUGUGAAACUGACUUCCUACUAUUUUUAUCUCCUUCUAUGACAGCCAUUUCUUGAUAUAAAUGCUAAACUCAACGUAGUACCUUGUUGCUCUCCGAAGUUCUCUCCUCCCAAGUUUAUAGAAUCAAAGUUAAGUUAUAGCACAGAGAUCAGUUGCUCCUAGUGGUAUAGGAAAUAUGAAGGACUGCACAGGAAAGUUCGUCCUCCUCUUGUUUGUUGUCCUCCUCUUUGAAGGAUGCUUGGCAAAAUCUUACAAAUCAGAUAAGUCGGAGAAAUCGGAGAAGUCGGAUAAAUCAGUUACAUAUGACUAUUCAGCAAACAUUGAGUGCGAGAAGGAGCCGCCAAAACCAUUGUACGGUGGCGGCAUCCUGACCAGUGCUGAGGCGCCGGCCACUGUGUCGGCUGGUGGCAAGAAGCUCCUAAUGGCAAAGAGCAAGAGCGCCCCAGCAAAGGGCUCCACACUCAAGGUCGAGCUCGAAAAGGAUACUCACUAUGCCCUCUCUGCUUGGCUGCAGCUUUCCAAGAGCACCGGUGACGUGAGGGCCAUCCUGGUGACACCCGACGGUAACUUCAACACCGCAGGCAUGAUAGUGGUCCAGUCCGGCUGCUGGACCAUGCUCAAGGGUGGCGCCACCUCUGUCGCUGCAGGCAAGGGUGAGCUCUUCUUUGAGACCAACGUAACCGCAGAGUUGAUGGUGGAUAGCAUGGCGCUGCAGCCCUUCAGCUUCGAAGAAUGGCAGUCUCAUCGCGAUGAAUCUAUUGCCAAGGAGCGCAAGAAGAAAGUAAAGAUCACCGUCCACGACUCCGACGGCAAUGUGCUGCCGGACGCAGAGCUGUCCCUGGAGCGGGUGGCCAAGGGUUUCCCCCUUGGCAACGCAAUGACGAAGGAGAUCUUGGACAUCCCAGAGUAUGAGAAGUGGUUCACAUCACGGUUCACGGUGGCAACGAUGGAAAACGAGAUGAAGUGGUACAGCACAGAAUACGACCAGAAUCAAGAGUUGUACGAGAUCCCGGACAAGAUGUUGGCUCUGGCAGAAAAGUACAACAUCUCGGUGCGUGGGCACAACGUGUUCUGGGACGACCAGAGCAAACAGAUGGAUUGGGUGAGCAAGCUGAGCGUGCCACAGCUCAAGAAGGCGAUGGCGAAACGGCUGAAGAAUGUGGUGUCUCGCUAUGCCGGUAAGCUCAUCCACUGGGACGUGCUCAAUGAGAACCUCCACUACAGCUUCUUCGAGGACAAGCUCGGUAAGGAUGCCUCUGCCGAGGUCUUCAAGGAGGUGGCCAAGCUUGACGACAAGCCCAUCCUCUUCAUGAACGAGUAUAACACCAUCGAGGAGCCCAACGAUGCAGCGCCGCUGCCUACCAAGUACCUUGCCAAGCUCAAGCAGAUUCAGUCAUACCCGGGCAACAGUAAGCUCAAGUACGGCAUCGGCUUGGAGAGCCACUUCGACACCCCCAACAUCCCCUAUGUGAGGAGCUCACUCGACACCCUUGCGAUGGCCAAGGUCCCCAUCUGGCUCACUGAGAUCGACGUAAAGAAGGGGCCCAAGCAAGUGGAGUACCUGGAGGAGGUGAUGAGGGAGGGGUUUGCGCACCCAGGGGUGAAGGGCAUAGUGCUGUGGGGUGCUUGGCAUGCUAAAGAGUGCUAUGUCAUGUGCCUCACGGAUAAGAACUUCAAGAACCUUCCUGUUGGGGACAUCGUUGACAAGCUCAUCGCCGAGUGGAAGGCCGUGCCCAAGGACGCCAAGACCGAUGAUAAGGGUGUAUUCGAGGCUGAGCUCUUCCACGGUGAAUACAAUGUUACCGUGAAGCACAAGUCACUCAAGGACCCCAUUGUGCACACAGUGAAUCUUGACUCGAAGUCAGAGGUCACCAUCAAGGCUAAGGAGUAACUCACUGACUGGCCUAGCUAGAGGUAACAUUUUGCUAUGCUUUUCUGCCAAUAUAGCUUUUAUGUUACCUAUCUUGUGGUGUUGCAAUAAGACAUCCAUGUCCAGUAAGGUGUUUUAGUGUUGGAGCUUGGCAUUGCUCAUGUUGCUUGGGGACAGGUAACAUUUUUGAGAGGCAUAUGCAAUUAUUGAUCCACUGAUAUGGCGCCUGCAUUUUGAAAGUGCUCUGUGUAGAAUCAAUAGAGCGGUAAUGAGAUUGGUCUGCGCAAGACGAUCUCUGGAUAUAAUCAAGUGACUGUACAUCUAAAUUAGCUUCACUGUGUCAUUUGAACAUGUCAGUAGUCAGAUGUCAACUUGUAUUGAUUGAACAACAUUUCGGUGUUUUACUCUUUUAGAGAAGGAACUAAAUUAGAGUUGUAAUGAGAUUGGUCUGCGCAAGAUGAUCUCUGGAUAUAAUCAAGUGACUGUACGUCUAAAUUAGUUUUACUAUGUCA